AUGUCAACUGAAAACGAUAACACAACAACCAACACAGAAAAAUUUAACGCAAUGAUGCGGAGAUCGAGUGAUAGAUUAAGGGGAGGCUCAGUCCCCCCACUGGAUUCGGAACAAACAAUCAACCCCCCAAUCGAGACAGACCAAUCAAACCCCUCUAGUACAACAGGUAGCCAGAGAGGUAGGGGUCGAGGAAGAGGACGUCGGAACGCGAGAGGCUCCACCAGGCCCGGAAAUGGAACUGGUCCAGUGGGAGAAGGCACCCCGGCAGUGACUCUAACGGCCCCAGAGACGGGAGACAAUACGAAUACUUCCAGACCAUCUUCACUGUCAGCACCUAAUAACAAGGGAGGUCCGAAUGCUACAAACUCACUUACUCCUAACGGUGCACCCGCCCAAGGAACCACUGGAACCACGGUCAUCCACCCUUCGGGAAAUGGCCCAUCUGGCCUAGGAGGCCUAAUUUCAAAAGAUAAUGUUAGCAAUGCUACAAUUGUGAAGCCUCAGAUGAGUCAAACGUCUCCGAGACGUGAGAACACCACCGCUGUCGGUGUCAGUCCACCGAGGGGGUUUCAUUCGUGGUUAUUAGCCAACGGGCUGGCAGUCGUUUCUAACCCAGACACAACCACAACUGUCGCGCAGGGUGCCACCGCUACGUUAGGAUAUAUACCGAGGUCUGUUACCGCCAGGCAACAGACUCUGACAACGAGACCUAAUCAACCCACCGAGAAGCCUACCGAGACCGUUCCUCGAACCGUGAUUUGUCUAGACGGAACUGAUGGGAUUGACAAGGUGGCACCGGCAUCAACGACAGAAUCGGAUUCCUCUAAGACCGUAGCGACAACUAAACCUGAGGUCGGAGAAAAAGGAAUCGAAAACACGGGUUUAGUAGCUCUCUUGAAGCACUGGGCCGACAAAAUUAAACCAUUAGACGGAUACAUACCACUCUCUAUAAUGAAUGUUAACUGGCUGAAGCAAGACUUGAUCAAGAUUUCCAGUAGGCCGAAAGGCCCAGACGAUAAGAAAGACAAGUACUAUGGUCUAGGCGUACCAAUCGAAUGGAAAAUGAGCUUUGGUGAAUGGGUGACAGCGUUUGAUCUCUUUGUCGCCUACCUCUAUUACUACAAGCACGAUGACCUAGCGGACAAGUUCAAGAUUCAUAAGGAGAAUGUCUUUGCUAUCAAAUGGGAGAGACUGUGCUGGCCGAUGGCCUUUCGAUAUGACAUGGCAAUUCGCACAACUGUACUCACCAUUCGCAAUGCUGACGGGAAGCUUGCUAACCCCGCGGAGCGAAACGAAUCAAUAGAGAGAGACGCAAGAUUGGACUCGGAGCGAUUAGGCAACUUCCAUCCUAGAUUUGCAGACAUCAACCCGUACGCUGAUGGUCAAUGUAAGGCAUUCAUUAAUCCAAUCAGUGGUGAACCAUUACGAGCAAACCAAAACUCCUUUCAGUCUAAUCUCAACGAAAACUUCGGUGUCAACCAUGCGAGUAAACCGAAUGCGAGGUCGUGGGCCUUCGCCAAUCAGGUGUCUUAUGAUGGUCCGGGUAGCGUCAAUUAUCAUAAUGGAUCAGAUGAUAGAUACGGCAGCCGAGGCAACAGAGGCCGUGGUAGAGGAAAUGGUUGGCCUAGUAACGGGGGUGGGAAUCGUGAAGAUUAUCCUAGAGGACGCCGAGGUGGUGACGGUUAUGAGGACCGGAGAGCUGAAGCUAGUGGAUCCUGGAAGAGAGAUGAUCGUCGUGAAGAUAGGAGAAACGAUGAUUGUGAACCGAAUGGUCCUAGAUAUGGAGGCCGAGGAAAGGCAAAUACGGUGGUAUAG